UGUGCAUAACUUCAAAACAAACAAACAAUUGACCCAACGGGUUACGGUGGUCUAGUUAGGUACUAAACUGCUUUAGUUAAAUUCGCGGAAAGACUUUAAUCAAAUAUUGAUAUUGGGUUUACUACAGUGGAAGUUUUAUUUAUUUAAAGAAAGCUUUUGAUAUAAUCCUCCACAAAAUCCUUUUUAGCUAAUUGUUUAUUUGGGGUACUAUAGGUUCCUGUUUAAAUAUACAACAAAUGUAUCUUACAAAUCUUACACAGUAUGUUUAUUUCUUGAAAUAUAGCACAGAUUUACUUCCUGUUAACUGUGAAGUAACUACGGUUCAGGCCGUUUAGUUCUAGGACCGAGUUUGUUUUCUACUGCACAUGUAUAUUAAUUAUUUAACAUAAUUGCAGUUAAAAUUGGCAGUGAAGUUUUACGCUGAUGAUACAACCAUUCUUCGUUGUAAACAAGCCUUGCAAACUUCGUGCUAAUUUUAAAGGUGUCACGAAACAACGCCUUUCCUAUGCAACAGAGUCAGCACCGAAAAUUGGACGCUUUAUUCUCAACUUGCCACAAAAUAAAACCAUCACAAAGAUUUCUACUACCAAUUCAACAUUGCACACAUCCAUACUCAUUUCUAAUUCUCCAUCAUCUUUUGCGUCACUUGUUAAAAAAAAUGAAAGUGAGAUCAUUCACAAUGGCCACAGCUCUGUGUUCUCAAACUUUUACAAUAUCCUGCCCUUGUGGCCUACUUCAACAUUUGAAACAAAAGAUGAACUUCGUCAACAUCAUCACUUGCUUUCCACUUUUAGUCAAGUUGAUAUAUAUUCAUCCAUUUUUUUAGCGGAAGAAAAUUCUAGUCCAUUUGUUGAUCAACUAGUGGAUCCUUUGUUUAAUACUGAAACUGUGAUUUAUAAAUCACUCAUUCCAAAGGGACAGGAGACAUCAGCUGAAUUCAAACAAAUACUGAAAAGUGAACAGUGGAGCUAUCCCAGCAACAAUAAACUACAGCCAUUACCUACAUAUAAAUUUGAACAAUAUGCUAAUGAAUCAACAGAUAAUUUAGUUAAUAAAACCAAUCUCUUCAAGGGUGAAUUUCCAGUGAUCUUUGAUAACAUCUCACCAGUGAUUUCAAGGUUUUACAUUCAAACAACACAUGAUUCUUCAAAUGAAGAUAUACAGGCACCAAAGCAUUUGAAUUUGAUGUCUUACUCUACUUUUUAUUUUAAUAAAACAAGCAGUCAACGAGAUGACUGGUUGAAUUCUACAACAUAUUUUUAUAGUAAUCAAAUUAAUAUAUCAUCCCAGGUUGACAUAACUAACAACUCUACUUUAUUUCACUCUGAUAAUCUUGAUAGUCAAUUUGUCCACAUUUAUGGUGACCAGAUUACAAACACACCUCUAGUUAAAAUAACUACAAGUACAGAUUCAUUUCCCUCUGAUCUCCAGAGUGAACCUGUCAAUAUUUAUAGUAACCAUAACAUAUACUCACCUCAUUUGAAUGACCUAAAAAAUAAAUCUGUCCCCCUUAAUAGUGACCCAAUUAAUCAUUCACCUGUCAGUAAGAUAAGUGCAAAUACUGAUUUAUUUCCUCCUGAUAUCCAGAGUGAACUUGUGAAUCAUUUUAGUAAUCAGAAUACAGACUCACCUGUCAAUAAGAUAAUUACAGGUUCUGCUUUAUUUUUAUCUGAUCUCCAGAAGGAGACUAUAAAUGCUUAUAGUAAUCAAAAUACAUACUCACCACUCAUUAAGAUAGUUAAGAAUUCUGCUUUUUUUCCCUCUAAUCUCCAGAGUGAACCUGUCAAUGUUUAUAGUGAUAAAACUCAAGACUUGUCUCUCAUUAAGGUAAUUAAGAGUACUGCUUUAUUUCCCUCUACUCUCCAGAGUGAACUUUUUAAUGAUUAUAGUAACCAGAACACAAACUUACCUGUCAUUAAAAUAACCUCAAAUUCUGGUUUAUUUCCCUCUGACCUACAUGGAAAACCUCUUUAUGUCUAUCCUUUUCCUAAAAUAAUCCCAUCAAAUUAUUCUACUUUAGUAAGUUUAGCAAAUAUUAAACAAUUCCAAAAUACACGAGAAAAAGGUUGGAAGGAAAGCACUCAUAUUGAAAAUAAGCAUAAGCUAAAUGAAAAUCCAAAGUUUGCCCAGAAACAUAAUGUAGAAUCUACAUCAGAGAACCCUAAGACUAAGAACGUGAUCAGUAUUGUUCGAAUUGUGUCAAGUGUGCAUGUUUCCUUUGGCAUACCACCUGUCCAAAAUACAAUCACAUCUGUUAACAAAGAAAUUAAACCUGCUCUUCACAAGGUGACUGCUGCAAUCAAGGAGUCUUCCCACGACAUAAGUCAAGUUGUAGGAACUGAACAUUCAAAGUCUAAUACCACUUGUGUGGACUAUUUAGAGGCUGAAGGACAACAUAAAAAAUGUUGUGAUGGUAUUGUUGACUGUUGGGACUACAGCGAUGAAGUUUUGUGUAACUGGUGCUCUGCUGGUCAGUUUGUUUGUCAAGGAGCUAAAAUGUGUAUCAGUAACACUAGUGUCUGUGAUGGGUUUCAAGAUUGUCCAUUUGGAACUGAUGAAAAAAACUGUUUAAAGCUUGCAGCAGAAAAAUCUACAGUGUUCACCAACUUCUAUCAGAAGGAAGGUUAUGUACUGGUACAGAAGCAAGGAACAUGGGGUAAACUAUGUGUAGAGAACAUGCUAAAUAUCUCAUGGGAGAUUAAUGAACUUGGGCAAGCACUUUGUCAGGCAUUGUCUUACAGAUUUGUAACCAGUAUAAUAAAAACAAAAGAUAUACAUCCGUGGGGUUUGUCCUACUUUGAAGUGGAUCUAUCUGUAUCCGAAGCUGAAAUUCUAAUGAGUUCCUCCGGGCAUACAUACCGAUCUACACUGUGUAAGACAAGAGAUGUAAUCUAUUUAUCUUGCUCAAACCUUGAAUGUGGUGUUAGACCAUUGUCACAAGGCAUACAAGGACGGGUAAUUGGAGGCCAGAGUUCUAUGGUUGGUGCUUGGCCAUGGCAAGUGGCACUAUACAGAGAAGGAGAGUUUCAAUGUGGUGCUGUGCUGAUUAAUAAUCAGUGGCUGGUUUCUGCUGGUCAUUGUUUUUAUAGAUCACCAUCAGCAUAUUGGGCAGCAAGAUUAGGACUUUUAAGAAGAGGAACACGUGUGCAUUCUCCAUUUGAACAAGUUCGGCGAAUUUCUCAUGUAAUAAUUCACCCAGAUUAUGUGGAUAAAGGAUUUAUCAAUGAUAUUUCCCUGUUGAGGUUGGAAAAACCUGUCUUAUUCAGUGACUAUGUACGUCCAGUUUGUUUGCCAAGCCCUGAAGAUGCAAAAAGUCAACAACAAGGUCAAAUGUGUACUGUCACUGGGUGGGGAAAACUGUUUGAGAUUGGACAGAUAUUUCCGGACACUCUCCAGGAAGUUCAACUACCAAUGAUUUCUACUGAAGAGUGCCGUAAGAAAACAUUCUUCCUACCACUGUACCAAAUCACAGACAAUGUUUUUUGUGCUGGUUAUGACAGAGGAGGUCAAGAUGCUUGUCUCGGAGAUUCUGGGGGUCCAUUGAUGUGUCCAAAUUCAAAUAGACACUGGACUCUUACUGGAGUGACCAGCAAUGGUGAUGGCUGUGGAAGACCAGGAAGGCCUGGUGUAUACACAAAAGUUGUUAACUAUUUACAGUGGAUUAAUUCAUUGCUGGCUCAGCCUUUUUCUUUGGACAAAGAAGAUCAGUGCAUAGGAAAGCGAUGCCCUCUAGGGCUGUGUCUAACAAAAGAUAAGAUCUGUGAUGGUACAAAGGACUGCAGAGAUGGAUCGGAUGAAUUGCAUUGUGUCAUGAGCGUGUAGAAUAUGAAAUUAACAUUGCAACUGUAACUACUUUAAUUUCUUUCUAGUAACAAAAAUUUAAUAAUUUAAUAUAUAUACACCUGGAAAAAAGUUAAGCACCCCCGUGUUUU